CCCUCAGUCUGGCCCAGCCCUAUGGGCUUAGACACACAAGCCCUUUGUCAGCUGCCUCCCUGUUGAGUGUGAACUGAGACAGUGACAAUUGGGAUCAGAGAACCACUCCUGUGGGGCUGGAUUCCCAGCAUCCUCCUGGCUCCUUCUUCCCCACCGCCCAGCAGCUACCUGGUGUCAGAAGUGCCUCAGCAGCCUGGGGCGCCAGGAUAAUUUCAUCACCACAGAUGGGCAGGUCCCCUGUCACCCCAUAUCUCUCUGUCUCAUUUCAGUGUCAUUAUCUGGGCGCUUUCCUGCUGUGCAGGGCCCCGCAUGUCCGGGUCAGCUACCAAGGGAAAUGCUUCUAUUUCUCCGAGGGCGAAGGGAACUGGACCUACAGCCGGAGCCGCUGCUCUGCCCUGGGGGCCUCCCUGGCUGGGAUCGACACCCUGAAGGAAAAGGAUUUCCUGCUUCGCCAUGAAGGUGAACGCGGCUACUGGAUUGGCCUCCGGAGGGAUCUGGGGCAGAGCUGGAAAUGGGCCAAUGGCACCGAAUUCAACAACCAGUUUGAGAUCCGAGGAGAUGGUGACUGCGCGUAUGUGAACAAGAACGGGAUCAGCAGCUGGCGGUGCACCAGCGAGGGACACUGGAUGUGCAGCAAAUCCGAUGCACUUACAGCAGCAAAGGAGACUCCAGAGGGAGGAGGCCUAUAACAGAAGUGUUGGGCAAUUGGCCCUGGGAAAGCUGGACUGGUCUUUCUUCAGCCUCACUCCUGAGCCUUUCCAGAGUGUCAGGGGCUGGUCUGAGCCUCUGUGGGUGAAAACCACAAAAGCCAUUUGCACAUUUGCUGUUUUCCCUGCCAGUGGAACUGCUCAGAUCGGCCUUUCCCACCUAGUGCAAGGAACGCCUGAAAGUAUUACAUUGGUUUUAAUUAUUUUGUGUGCACUUUCAGAGAUUUGCGCUAACAAUGUUUACAGAUCAGUUAACUGAAUAGUUGAGUAACUGCGUAAAUUCUUAUCAGUUAGUUGACUAUUCUGUAGUCCCUGGAGUGGGACUAGCAGCCAGCGUGCUCUGGCCCCCUGCCACCCUGCUCUGCUCCCUCUGUAUGGCUAUGUCUAGACUACAUGGCUCCUUCAACGGAGCCAUGUAAAAUAGUUUAUUCGGCAUGGUCAAAGAAGCGGGGAUUUAAAUAAUCCCCGUUUAAUUAAAAUAAAAAUGGCCGGCAUGCUGUGCUGACUAUCAGCUGAUCCGGUGCAGCACGGCAGUCUAGGAAGCCUUUGUCGACCCUCUGGUAUGCCUCGUGAAACGCAGGGCUCAACAUGCGGCCCACGGGAUG